AUGGAAGGUCUGACACUGUGGGAGGAGCUGGACAUCAGGAGUGAAUUACUUAACGCUGAGGACAGAGUGAAGGAGACACAGUAAACAUGGCUCUCCAACAGUUUGUGUGUGUCUUAACCGUGACAAUCCUUCUCCUGUGCACAGGAUGUCAAUCAGCGUUUACGUGCGGCCGGGCUCCCGCCAACACCAGGAUCGUGGGCGGUCAAACCGCGUCUCCAGGAGAUUGGCCCUGGCAGGUUUCUUUGGUCUCGAACAGAAAUCACAGGUGUGGGGGGGCACUGAUUAACAACCAGUGGGUGAUGACAGCUGCACACUGCGUAUCAGGGUCAGGAAGUAACAUAACAGUUUACCUGGGCCGCUUUAACCAGUCAGGUUCAAACCCCAAUGAAGUGUCACGGACAAUCGCUCAGGUCAAGUGCCAUCCAUCAUACAACAGCUGGGCCAACGAGAACGACAUAUGUCUCCUGAAGCUGUCGUCACCUGUGAACUUUACCAUCUACAUACAACCUGUUUGUUUGGCCGGGGCAAACAGCACCAUCCACUCUGGGCUUAUCACCUGGGUCGCUGGUUGGGGCACCACUCGCCCUUGGUCGAGCCCAUCCAACACCCUGCAGGAGGCUAAUCUGACAAUAGUGGGAAACAAAGAGUGUCAAUGCCAAAGCAAAUUUCUCAUCACAGACAAGAUGAUCUGCGCUGGGGUCCGGGCGGGCGGAAUUGGCUCAUGUCAGGGAGACUCAGGGGGCGCCCUGGUGAGAAAGGUUGGUUCAGGCUGGACCGCGGUUGGAAUCGUGAGUUUUGGUGACGGCUGCGCUAAGCCCAACACCCCGGGGAUCUACACCCGUGUGUCCGAGUACAUGGGAUGGAUCAGCAACAUCACCGGCAGUGACGAACCAGGCUUUGUUAACGUUCCCUCCACCGGAGUCGACAAAGACGCAAACUUUACCUGUUCAACCUCAGCACCACCGACCGCUCCCUCUACCCAAACCGUCUUCACCAAUCACACCCGCCCCUCAACCACGCCCGUAAACUGGACCCACCCUUUCACCACCAACCAUCCCACAACCGACGAUAAGAGCGUUUUUGGCGGUGGUGAAAAUCUGAUCCACUUCACUCACUUCACCUCACUCUGGGUUCUUGCUCUACCGCUCUAUGUACUGGUCGGUCAUGCAUAACAUGGAAAUGUGACACUACUGCACGUGUCGCUAAUCUUAUUGGCUGCCAGAGUUAAUGCAUUACUACACUGUGUGAUGUCAUUUCGUGACUUCAUAAUGACGUCAUUCCUAACAUAUGAUGGUGAUGAAAUUAUACAAGCUUUAGGUUAGAGUGCUGCAGACCCACCUUUGAAAAUUUAUUUUCCAACUCCUCUUCUUUGUGACUGUCACUGAUCACCUGAUCAUCUGAUCAAUAUAAGCUUUGGAUUGUCUCUAUAUAACUUGCAGAGAUAUUUUGUUAAAGGGAUUUUUUUUUUCAGACGAUAUAUUUGUUCAUCUUUGUCUGAUCAGCUCCAAGAGUUAAUCAAGAAAUAUUGUGUUUGGUAAAAAUCUGUCCGUGUGUUGAUGAGUUAUUUAUGCUGAUGCUGAUUCGCAGGGUAAAUAAACUGAAACUGUUCUCAUGGAACGUGAAGUCAUGUUAAUCACAAACUGUUUGACUUGGAAUAAAAUGGACGUUGAUUGGU